CUCUGGAGCACAAUGGCUACCAAGGUAGCCAGGGACUGCAGAUGGAAAUGAACUAUUUAGCUAUAGUCUGAUGUACCUGGCCUAUUUGUUCUGUCUCCUCUCCGUGCUGUCCAACGUGUCAGAGGCUCUUACCGCUGAGCCUUCCACUUUCAUGCCAGAUGGAAAAGGACAGGAAGCCACCAAAUUUCCUGAGUCGACUGUGAUCACCUUAAACCAGAGUUUCAUCAGCACCACAAAGCCACAAACGACCACCUCAGCAGCUUCCACAAAGGGGACAACCCAGCAGCAAACUAGCGACAAAGUGACAUCCACACCAGCGACAUCUUCUCCAAGCACGACCAAAAUGGGGAGCCGUCAGCCUCCUGCCUGGGAUCCAGCUUGGAAUAAAGAUUUCACCUAUGAUUACGCAACUUUGCGAAAAGCUGGCCUGUCCAUUGCAGCGGUUAUGUUCCUGAUGGGCACCUUCAUCCUCGGCUGUGAUAAAGUCUGCCGGCUGCCCAAGUGCUGCAAGAGGUCAUCAAAGUCAUAUUGACAGGAGCAAAGAAGAGAUACAGUCAUGAAAAUGCUGGAAAGGAUGUGUUGAAAAAUGACAAAUACAACUGAAUUUGUCUAUUCAGAACUGGACAGAAAAGGGUAAAACUGGCAAUAAAGUGACAUUAUUCACUUUUUGUCAUGUUAUUUUAUUUUAGGAUGGAAAAUUAGAACCUGGUCAUUUUAUUGUGUUUAGUAAAACACAUCGAAGUGGUUCUACGCUAAUGAAAAAAGUACCCGAAAGAAUACAAGUCACGGACAUGGCACUUUCACCAUGGCAAUAAACAUGAGGCAAAAAAGAAAAAGGGGAAAACAUUUUAAAAAACAUUUAAUGGCAUAAUCAAUUCCAUACAGUACAUUUUCCAACUGAUUUGAGCGCUUAGCCUCCAAAUCUGCUAUGAAAUGUUUGUUUUUGUUGUUGGUUUGGUCUACUACUUACUAAAAAAUGUUGGCACAAAUGAACUGAUACAAAAGUACAAAUACUUAAAAAUUUAAACAAGUAUUUUACAAUCUUUUUGCUAAACUGACAAACACUAAGUAAGCAGUAGAGGGUAUCACAAUUUCAUAGACACAAGCAUACACAGUAUCAAAUAAAGGUCAUAAUGUAAAUAUAUUGCUUUGUGAAUUUGUACAGACAUUUAAAGCUACAAUAUGUUGAGAAAGUGUUAAGACAGUUCGAUUAAAAAAUUAGCCUGGCUAAGAUAUGUUAGAUAUAUGCACAAGCUGAUUUUUACCUGCCAGGAAUGUUGAAUACAAAGUAACCAUGCACGUGUGCAGGUAUAAAAUGUGAAAUGGUUUAUUUUGCAAUUGGUUAUAUUGACUUGUUAAAUGUGGAAUAACACUGGUCAAAAGUUUAGACACUUUCUUAUUCAAAAGCAUGAACAGUACGUGUGGGAACAACUCCAAAUCGUCAAGCAUGCUCACUUUUGCUGAAAAAACCCCCCAAAAAAACAGUGACUUACUGUAAUCGUGAAAAUGAACUAGCUAUUACGCUGUUUUGUUGCAGUAUUUGUUCAUUGUAUUUCACUUAGAUUUACUUUUAGCCUCAUCUACACCUAGUACAUUAGUGACUACUGUAAAUGCUCCAAUUAUUGUCCAGAAAAGCAAAUGACGGUUUUUCAUUAUCACUUGGUCAAAAACAUUACCAUUAACAGCUGUGGUUGUAGGUAACCUUCGGAUGUAGCAUUUGAUAGCUCCACAAGAUGACAGUAACUGCAUCAGUAGUAUGAGUGAUCAGCACUAUUAAUGCUGGCUGAACAGUUACUGGUAUAAAAAAAGUGGUUCUGUUGUACAAUAUAGCCUCAUCACAUCAGACCACUCACAGUGAACCAAUAAAGCUGCUCACAUUAAAUCAAAUGUACUCACACAAUCAUUCAGUCAGCCAUUUAUCAUGUUAUGGACUUACCAUCGUCAUGAAGAAGAAAAGACGAAAUACACACAGCUCAGCCAAAAACCGUCACA